UUACAUGGUGUGCAUAUGUGGGUGUUUCUACGGACAUAUCCGACGGUCUUCCUGUUUUUCUUUCUAUAUUAUUUUCAUCUAAACAGAAGCCCCCGAGAUAUGACUUUGUUACUGUUGGCCGCCCAGAAUAAUUUCACGAACACUGCUCUAUGCUUGUUAAGAGAGGGGAGACAAGUAUCCAAUCAGAUCGACAGAAAAGGGAACACGCCAUUACAUUACGCCGUGAAACAGAAAAACUUAACUGUCGUGAAAGCACUACUAAAUGCAGGAUACGAUGUGAAUGCUAGAAAACAAUACAGCGGUCUUACACCGCUACACAUUGCUGUGACGGUGUACGACAAUUUUGAUGAUUUCUUGGAGGUUUUUAAAGCCUUUCUUUCCAAGAAUUGUAACUUAAAUCACCAGUGCUUUGGAACGUUGGAAACUCCUUUGUACAGAGCAAUUGUUUUGGACAAAACUGAAAUCGCCGAGUUAUUGCUUAUUUCCGGGGCGGAUCCUAAUUUAUCGAAUCCGUUUGGGGUAUCAUGUCUGCAGAAAGCUGUCCAGAAAAAUCAUACUCGAUUGACAGAGGUUCUCCUACAUUGUGGAGUAAACAAGAAGAAGGAGAUAAGUAUCAUAAAUAGGCAAUCUUCUCUGAUUCGACAAAUGGACAAUUUAAUAGAUCUCACAGAUCUAUUCUCAGAAACACAACCCAAAACUCUCCAAGCAUGCUGUCGUGAUGUCUUAAGGAGAUGUUUCAAAGUCAAUCUGUAUACCGGCUUGCAAAAACUUAACCUCCCUAAGUAUAUCAAAGAUUACCUGCUCUUUUGUGACAUCAGUGACUACCACAGGCUUUUGACCAAUAUCAAUAUCAGACCAAUUUAAAAUCAUUCAAUUCAUUAAAUUUUGAAUUCUAUUUUAAAAAUUCUGAAUUAUAGAAAACAUUUCAAUUUUCAAUUUAGGUGAAAGGGUACCAUAAAAAAUGAGUUUUAAUUGUGUCUGGAGGCCUGAAAAGGGUAUUGUGUGCCAUGUUUGUUAUUUUCUAAUUUGUAGCUUUGCACAUAUUGUUACGGUACAUGUAGUAGUUUGCUUUUUUGUAUUUGUUCAUCGAAUAUUGAACUUAUUAAUUUUGCACUGUUACAGUAACUGUUUAUACGUAUCUUUUACAUAUAAAAGUGAAUCAAAAUGUAGCUGUUACAUUGCAAUGUAUUAUUAAAUAUUGAAAGAUGUGGAAA